AGCGCUCUCCCGGCCCGGCCGCCUCAGAGAAAGUUUUCGUCGUCGGGAGGGACCGGAGGCGCCGCGGGCCUUCGGGGAAGGGAAGGAGGACGCAAGAGGAGGCUCCAGCCGCGCGGGCCGGGGAGUGCAUGGUGCCCGGCGCCUCGGUCGCCUGUCAGGAGGACAUUGGGGCGGGGUCGGGCUGAGGCCAGCUCCUUCUUUCCCGCGGCCUCGUCAGAAAUCGCCCUCCCGGACUGCCGCGGGGUCCCCGCUCCUCAGCCCGCCAUGUCCCGGCUGCUGCCGCUGCUGAGGAGCUGGACCGCGCGCAGCCUGAGGCCGGGCCCGGCCGCCGCCGCCGCGCCCCGUCCGCCCUCCUGGUGCUGCUGCGGGCGGGGGCUGCUCGCGCUCGCGGCCCCGGGAGGCCCCCGGGCGCUGGGCACCCACCCCAAGAAGGAGCCCAUGGAGGCGCUGAACACGGCUCAGGGCGCGCGCGACUUCAUCUACAGCCUGCACUCCAGCGAGAGGAGCUGCCUGCUCAAGGAGCUGCACCGCUUCGAGUCGAUCGCCAUCGCCCAAGAAAAGUUGGAAGCUCAACCACCAACCCCAGGACAGCUGAGAUAUGUAUUCAUCCACAAUGCGAUACCUUUCAUAGGGUUUGGCUUUUUGGAUAAUGCAAUUAUGAUUGUUGCAGGAACCCAUAUUGAAUUGUCUAUUGGAAUUAUUUUGGGAAUUUCAACUAUGGCAGCUGCUGCUUUGGGAAACCUUGUGUCAGAUUUAGCUGGCCUUGGACUUGCGGGCUAUGUUGAAGCUUUGGCUUCCAGGUUAGGCCUAUCAAUUCCUGAUCUCUCACCAAAGCAAGUUGACAUGUGGCAAACACGUGUUAGUUCACAUUUGGGUAAAGCUGUCGGGGUGACUAUUGGCUGCAUUCUAGGAAUGUUCCCUUUGAUCUUCUUUGGAGGAGGUGAAGAUGAUGAAAAACUGGAAAAGAAAAAUUAACUCACAUAGAAUACCUUUAAAAAGAUGUAAACUAAUGUACCUCAGUUAUCAAAUAUGCUGUCAACAGCAUUUAGGAAUUAAGACAGUAACAGUGUAUAGAUAAUGGGAUCAAAUAAUUCAGCAUGUAUUAUGGAAAACACUAACUUAUUGUGGCUUGGUUUUCUUAGGACAUCUUUUUAAAAAAAUUUUUUGUGUAAAUUGGUAAAAUGCUUUUUCAUCAAUGGCAGUCAACAUUUUACCUUUUCUUUUUCUUUAUAUACCAAAAUACCAUUUAAGUAUCAGUCGUUGAUGUACUGUGCUAACUUGAGAUUUGCCUGUUUGUUACUUACCAUGUGUACACGCAUGAAAGCAUUUACUGUCGUUGUUGUCCCCUACAGUUACAAUUCAACCUUAAAAUUUUUUCCAAAUUACUUAAGAUGUUUAGUAUCAGUUGAAUAUUUCUUUUUUACUCUCUUUUUGGCAACAUCAAUUUUGUACUGUUUCACAGUAAACAUUUACAAUCAUAUAGUUUCAGUCCUUUUUUAAAAACUCUCACAUCUAUUCAAAAUGAACAGACUUUAAGUACUUACCACUCAUUUCGAUUUUCUGACCUCUUAGUCGCAAGAGCCGGAGAUUAAUUAGGAUGAACAAUUAUUUUUAGUCUCCCUACUACAUAAGAACAUAUAUGUUAAGAAGUGCAUUAUUUUGAGUUGGUUUUUAUACUUUUAUUUUCUCAACUUUGAAUGAUUACGUAGUGAUUUUUGACUCCUAUGGGAAAGAAAGUCAUUAGAGUGCUUUUAUGGGGAUUGUGGGAUUUAGGUCAACUAAGAGGUUUCACAUGACACUUGGAAGGUUACGAGGCUAAAAAUGUUUUUUUCACAGAAGUAUAAAAUGGAAACUGUUAAGAAGGUCUAUGAUAUAACUGGUGAAGUUGAGGUGAUGUUCGUAAGGUUAGUAAGUACAAAUAAUAUUGUUUGGGAAUGCUCCUCCCCUCCAAAUGUUGUCCCCUUAUCUAAGUUGAAUUAAUUUGAAUCCUAAUGUUAUAUCUUCUUUAGCAGAUUUUAU